AUGGCGUCACGCUUGGUACGAAGCGCCGUCGGCGCUCCCCUCCUCCGACCCGUCCUCGCCCGCCGAGCUGCCCCUGCCAUCUCUGUUGCCGCAGCGCGAUACAACAGCAAUGUUCCCGCCGAGGACCCCAAGAAGAAGGCCCAGAGCAUCAUUGACGCUCUUCCCGGUAACAGCCUGCUCAGCAAGAGCGCCAUCCUGAGCUCCGCCGCUGGUCUUUCCAUCUACGCCAUCUCCAGCGAGUACUACGUCAUGAACGAGGAGACCAUCAUCGCCAUCUCCCUUCUCUCAGUCUGGGGUGCCUUGAUCAAGUACGGUGGCCCGGCUUACAGGGAGUGGGCUGAGACGCAGAACAACAAGAUCAAGAACAUCCUCAACAGCGCCCGUGCCGACCACACCGAGGCCGUCAAGGGCCGCAUUGAGGACGUCAAGCAGAUGGGCAGCGUUGUUGAGAUCACCAAGAACCUUUUCGAGGUUUCCAAGGAGACCGCCAAGCUUGAGGCUGAGGCUUUCGAAUUGGAGCAGAAGACUGCUCUUGCUGCUGAGGCCAAGACCGUCCUUGACUCUUGGGUCCGAUACGAAGGCCAGGUCAAGCAGCGACAGCAGAAGGAGCUCGCUCAGUCCGUUAUCGCAAAGGUCCAGAAGGAGCUUGAGAACCCUAAGGUUCUUCAGCAGAUCCUCCAGCAGAGUGUUGCGGAUAUUGAGAAGAUCGUUGCCUCCAAGGCCCAAUAG